AUGGGCGCCAGCGACCUCCGAGGAGUCACUAACGACGCCUUCUCUGCCUACUACAAGCAGCAGCUUGGGCUGACCGAUCAGGAGUGGAGCGCUUUGGAGGCGUGCCUCCGCUCGCCUCUGCCUGUCACCUGGCGCUUCAGCGGCAACGACGAGCGUGCGAUCAGCCUUCGGGCCAGCAUGGAGCAGAGCCUCCUCCCGCUACUGAACGAGCAGCCAACGUCGCUGCCGUGGUAUCCUGAUCGGCUCGGUUGGCAGUUUGGCGUCUCGCGGGCGUGGCUGCGCGGCAAGGACCGCCCAGGCGAGGGCCCGGAGGGCCCGGAGGCGGCGGCGGCGGCGGCUCCUCGCUCGACGUCCAUCAAGGCGUUCCACGCAUGGCUGCUCCGCGAAAGCUCUCUCGGCAACCUGCAGCGGCAGGAGGCGGUGUCGAUGGUGCCGCCGCUCUUGCUCGAC